UGCGGCGUUGAACAGUAGAGCAGAGCAGACUGCCUCCCGCUGGGAUCCUCGGGCUGUGCAGACCAGACCCACACUGUCAGUCUGUCUGCUGUAGAUGGCUCACGGAGCGGACUAACUCACUGAAAGCGCCUUUAAACACCCUGUUCCCCGGCGACUGUCUGUGGGCACAGUUGAAAACACCAUGGAGCAGGAGUUUGAAGAGAUUGACUCCUCUGGGGGAUGGCAUAACCUUUACAAUGAGAUCCGUAACCAAGCCAGCGAAUAUCCUUACAAAGUUGCAAAAUUUCCAGUGAAUCGUAAUUUGAACCGCUACAGAGAUGUGAGCCCAUAUGACCACAGUCGAGUAAAACUUGAAAGUUCUGAAAAUGAUUACAUCAAUGCAAGUUUGAUCAUGAUGGAAGAAGCCCAAAGAGCUUACAUUCUUUCUCAGGGUCCUUUGAGGAAUACAUGUGGUCAUUUUUGGCUCAUGAUAUGGGAGCAGUGUACAAAGGCUGUCAUAAUGCUCAACAGAAUAAUUGAAAAGGGAACAGAAAAGUGUGCACAGUACUGGCCAACCCCAAAAGACAGAGAAAUGCCUUUCCCUGAUACGGGGUUUGUUGUCCACUUGAUCUCAGAGGAGGUUCAAAGCUGUUACACAAUCCGAGUGCUGGAACUGCAGAACACAAAGACUGGGGAAUCCCGGGAGAUCUACCACUUUCACUACACCUCGUGGCCUGACUUUGGAGUGCCAGAGUCUCCGGGUUCUUUCCUGGACUUCCUCUUCCGGGUCAGACAGUCCGGAUCUCUAGGGCCUCAGCAUGGGCCCUCUGUAGUGCACUGCAGUGCUGGAAUUGGACGCUCGGGAACCUUCGCCUUAGUGGAUACCUGUCUUGUCCUGAUGGAUAAGAGACAGGAUCCCUCAUCGGUGGACAUUCAAAAGGUGCUGCUGGACAUGAGAGAAUACCGCAUGGGCCUAAUCCAGACUGCAGACCAGCUCCGCUUCUCGUACAUGGCUGUCAUUGAGGGAGCAAAGAUUAUUCUGCCAAACACUUUCACUCUGAAAGAAAAGUUGAUUUCCACAAAUGACUUGGAGCCAGAUUUCUCGCCUCCACCUCCUCCACCCAGACCUCAUCACACGUUUAAAGACAGCAAGUCCAACGGCCAGCCCAGGACCUGUGUAGAGCCACAGAAGAACCAGAGGGGUAGUGACACUGAAGGAGAGCCGGCAAGGCAAGACAACAGCAUAACCGACAACUCUGGGCAUCUACGAAAGCGGCAGCGAGAGGAGCGCAUUGCCGGCACUGCACAGAAGAUCCAGCAGAUGAAACAAAGACUGACAGAUUCGGAGAAGAAGAAGGAGAGCUGGGCUUACUGGAGACCCAUCCUGUUGAAUGUCGGGGCAGGGGCAGCUGUGGCGUUGGGUCUGCUGGUUUGUUGGAUCUACUCCCAGUGAGACGCCUCUGUUACAUAAAAGUGACUCUAAAUUUGCACCUGUACCUUAUAUUUUGGGUACAUCUCUUCAUAGAUUUAGAUGGUAAUAUGUGCGAGGGUAUUUAUUUCUUGAGGUCAAAAUGCGGAAGCGCUAGAUCAAGUGAGUGUGUGUAUAUUUUUAAUGUAAGAUCUUCUCAGAAUCUCAGGAUCUUGGUGCCAGCACGAUGAUUUUGUUUUCUCCUUGUCACUGUCGAUUCACGUACUGUAUGAUAGAAAUGGCUUUAAAGGCUAAGGUGCAGUACAGGCAAUGUCUAAGAUUUAUUUUUGCAUUUAUCAGAUGUGCACUCAUCUGUGGACAUGUUUUACAUUUCAGAAUGACAUUUUGUUGACUGUCACAAAAUUCAGCUAUGGCAUUUAUUUAGCAUAUUACUUUUUGGAAUGAUUUAUUUUUUUCUGAGCACCACUUGUUCUUCCAUUCAAUGUUCAACAUUCAACAAUGGCGUGUCCCGUAAUGGCUAGAGAAAUAUAUUUUUGUGUAACCUCAUAUUUCAUAGGGUAUGGCCUUGGUUCAUAUUUCAAUCUGCUGAGAUGAAAACAUUUUAUUUUCUGUCAUUUUGAGCAUGUUAUUGUCACAAAGUAUCUCACUGUUUUUGUGUGCGUUUACCCACUGGCUGGGUUUGUUUGUGUGUAUUAACAGGUGAUCCCACUUUUUGUUCUCAAACCACAGCAGAUGAGUUUGUUGUUCAUAGAGAAUCCUUGAGGAAUGUAUUUGCUGUUUAAUCUUUAAUACGACCUGCGCAUGCAUCACAGUGUGAAACUAGUUGUUAUUUUAACCAUUGUUUCACAGUUCACCCAGUUGGCUUUCAUUCAACAGGGACCAAGAUAUCUAAAGUUUCAAGAAAGAAAGAACAGCAAACUCAGAAGUGUACAUCAUUUUCCUGUUUGGAGGAGAUUUUAAUGUGCCUUUUAAAUUACAUGAAUGAAAUGGUGUGGCUCCAAAGUACCGUAGAGUAAAGGCAUAAGCCAAGAUGCAUUGGUAUACCUGGCAAUAUGAAGAUUGUUGAUGUACACCAAAUAUGUCUCUAAUAAGCACUGAUUCUUGAUUAUAGAAAGAUGUUAACUACCUUUUUCUCAUAUCAGGCUUCAACAAAAAUAUAUUUUAACCAAUUCAUUCCAGUCAUUUUGGGUUUCCGCAUCAAAUUUCAUAGCAGUUUUACAGACUGCUCAGCUGAAUUGAGAACUUAAUGUGAUAUAACAUGGUGUUUUGAGAAAUUAUAAAUAAAACCUUAAAUCUUUUAUAACCAAA